AUGGUUUCCCAUCGCAGGCCCAACCUCAUUUUCAAGCUGGUGGGGGGUGCAUUACUAGAUUUCUGUUCGCUGCCUGUCGCCUCGUUUAUCUCCCCUCGUUGCUCGUCGUACUCGCCAUUGCUAGUGGGGUCCGCCGUCGCCUCGUUCUCUAGUCCGUCCCGUCGCCUUUCCGUCGCCCUCGCAAACACACGCGUGACGGCCCUCCCGUCGUCGUCACGGUCUCCCCUCCCGGUCCGUUAUUUUCCCGUUCACCCCUCUUGUCCCCUCGCCCUCGCGAUUUCCCUCCGAUCCCGUCGCCUUCCCGUUCUCCCGCCCCUCGCCUUCGAUGUCCCCUCUUCCUUCCCGUCGCCCUCACUAUCUGCCUUCCCUCACGUUACCUUCGAUGUCCCCCUUUUCCUUUCGUCGCCCUCGCGAUAUCCCUUCCCCCUCCUGUCGCCUGUCCGCUCUCCCUCCUGUCGCCUUCGCGCUCUCCCUCCCGUCGCCUGUCCGCCGUUCCUCCCUUCGACUUCGCGCUCUCCCUUCCGUCGCCUGUCCGCUCCCCCUCCCCUCGCCUUCGCGCUCUCCCUCCCGUCGGCCUCGCGCUCUCCCUCCCAUCGCCUUCGCGCUCUCCCUCCCGUCGCCUUCGCGCUCCCCCCCCCCCCGUCGCCUGUCCGCCCUCCCUCCCUUCGCCUUCGCGCUCUCCCUCCCGUCGCAUGUCCGCUCUCUAUCCCGUCGCCUGUCCGCUCCCCCUCCCAUCGCCUUCGCGCUCUCCCUCCCGUCGCCUUCCUCCUACCCCACUUCAUCUCCUAUCACUCACGUCCUCCCCUCCCAUCGGCAUCGCGCUCACGUUCCUCCCUCCCGUCACCAUCGCGCUCACGUGCACCUGUCUUCGCAUCGCCUUCGCGCUCAUGGCCUCCCCUCCGAUCACGUCUCGCGCCGUCGCUAUCUCCCAUCACGUUCCGCGCCGUCGUUAUCUGCCCCCCUCACCCCGUCGCGCUCGCUGUUUCCCCCCCCUCUCCCCGUCGCGCUCGCUAUCUCCCACGCGAUCUCGUAGCGAUCCCCCUUUUGCAGUCGCCUACGUGA